AUGGGGACCUGGAUUUUGUUUGCCUGCCUCCUGGGAGCAGCUUUUGCUAUGCCCCUACCACCUCAUCCUGGGAGCCCUGGUUAUAUCAACUUAAGCUAUGAGGUGCUUACCCCUUUGAAGUGGUACCAGAGCAUGAUAAGGCAGCCGUAUCCUUCCUAUGGUUACGAACCCAUGGGUGGAUGGCUGCACCACCAAAUCAUCCCUGUGCUGUCUCAACAGCAUCCCCCGAGUCACACCCUUCAGCCUCAUCACCACCUCCCAGUGGUGCCAGCUCAACAGCCAGUGGCCCCCCAGCAACCAAUGAUGCCAGUUCCUGGCCACCACUCCAUGACUCCAACCCAACACCAUCAGCCAAACAUCCCUCCAUCUGCCCAGCAGCCCUUCCAGCAGCCCUUCCAGCCCCAAGCCAUCCCACCCCAGUCUCAUCAGCCCAUGCAGCCCCAGUCACCUCUGCACCCCAUGCAGCCCCUGGCACCACAGCCACCUCUGCCUCCACUGUUCUCCAUGCAGCCCCUGUCCCCCAUUCUUCCUGAGCUGCCUCUGGAAGCUUGGCCAGCGACAGACAAGACCAAGCGGGAAGAAGUGGUGCUUAACCCUAUGAAAGUGGUACCAGGGCAUGCCAAGGCAUCCGCUUAA